AGAGCUGGUGCGGUGUCCUGGGCUGCAGUCUCCUGAGCGUCGGUUGCUCAGCCAGUUGUACUCUAGCACCCUCCCCGGCGCGAUGGGGCCGGGUUGAACCGUCCACCCAGAGCAGUAGCGCGGUGCAGAUGGAGGGGCCAGUGGAGCCGAGCCCCGAAACGGUGCUGCGGUUCCUCGUGGAGCGCGGGGGCCGCGUCCGGCAAACAGACCUGGUGGAGCACUUCAGGGGUGCCCUGGGCGGCGAGCCGGAGCAGCGUGCCCGAGCCCGCGCGCACUUCAAGGAGCUGAUCAACACCGUGGCCACCGUACGCACCGACCCCGACGACGGCGCCAAGUACGUGCACCUGAAGAAGCGCUUCUGCGCCGGGGGCCCGCCGGCUGCGGACCCGCCCGGGCCGCCCCCCGAGCCCGCGCGCGACCCGCUCGGGCAGCCUCCCAACGCCGCGUGCGACCCGCCCGGGCAGUCCCCCGAGCCCGCGCACGACCCGCUCCGGCCACCCCCUGAGAAUGCGCCCGCCACUCCGGGGGCCGUGCGCCCGGGCUUUCGGGACCCCGUCCCUGGCAGCUCCCCACGGCCAAGGCGCAGCAGCCCCGGGGCCUCCUACAGCGGAGGUCGCGGCAGGGGUGACUCGGACAGCGCAUCGGUGGCCUCGUCGGCGGCGGAGGAAGAGGGCAGCGGGGCCACCGUGGCACUGGAUCCCCUGGAGCACGCCUGGAUGCUGUCGGCCGCCGACGGCCAUUGGGCUGGCCUGGAGGCGCUGCUCACCUGCGACCCUGGCCUGUUGGCCAAGCGCGACUUCAUCACCGGCUUCACCUGCCUGCACUGGGCCGCCAAGCACGGGCGGCAGGAGUUGCUGGCCACGCUGGUCAACUUUGCCGGCAAGCACCAGCUACCGGUGAACAUCAACGCCCGCACAAGCGGAGGCUAUACCGCCCUUCAUCUCGCCGCCAUGCACGGGCAUGUGGAAGUGGUUAAACUACUGGUGGGGGCCUACGACGCUGACGUGGACAUCAGGGACUACAGCGGGAGGAAGGCCUCCCAGUACUUGAGUGUAAGCGUCGCCGAGGAGAUCAAGAGCCUGGUGGGCGCCCUGGACGAGGAGGAGGAGGUGGAGAGCGCAGCCGGCGGCGGGGGCGGGGGCGGGCGCUGGAGGCUGUCCAAGGUGCUCCCCGCUCACCUCAUCACCUACAGACUCUCGCAUGUCCUGGAGGAUGGAGAACACCACCACCAUCACCACCACUUGGCUGAAGGGUGGGCUGGAGGCAAAGCCAAGGAUCGCAAAGCCUCAGGCAGUUCUAGUGGAAGGAUAAAACCCAGGCUCAAUAAGAUCCGCUUCAAAACCCAGGUCAUCCACACCACGCUCUCUUCCCGGGACCCUGAGCAGCCGCUGGAGGAAGAGGAGGAGGAGCGGUCCUUUAGAGGGCACUCGUCCUCCUUCAAGUUAAGACCCAAGUCCAAUGUGUUUGGAUAAAAAUUAUUUCUUUCCGAAAUGCUAAGGUUUGCCUGUCUUUCGGGAUGGAAUACUAGGUGUGGAUAAAGAAGAGAGACCAGAAAAGAUAGGCAGAAUUACCUGUUCUUCCUUGAGGGGCUGGGGUGAGUAGGGAGAUAUCCCCUUCAGGCCACUUCAGGGGAAGUGGAUUUCUUUUUAAGUGAUUCAUCAAACACUGAUCUGUGCCUCUUCCCCACACUACCCCUCUGACCUGAAGGUCCUAUUUCUGAGGACUAGAAAUGUACUAAAUGGGGGCGGGGGGUGGGGUGGCAAAAUUGAUGAUUGAGAGUUCCUUUGCUUUAACCACUACUGGAUCCAUCCAAAGAAAGGAAUAGUGCACUUUUAUGUAUCUAUUUUUCUAAGUAGCUACUUUUUCAUCAGCAACAAAAAAUGCAAAUUGUAAUAAAACUGGUAUUUGUAAGUGUAAACGAAACUACAUGCUACCUUGUUUUUUACUAAUUUGCUUCUUAAGGUACUACAGAGGGUCAGGACAGAGAUGAGUUUCAAAAAUACUAAUUAGAAAAUAACGGGAAUCCUGUUGGUAUCCUAUUUGUAUUAUAAGUAGCAGUUCAGUUAUUUUUUUUAAAGCGAUUUCAGUUUUAAAUUAAUCACUAAAGAAAUAGGCAACAUUUACUUUUGAGUUAAUAUGUACUCUGGUUUCCACCUGUUUGUCCAAUACCACUGCACUCAGUGUUACUGACCAUUAUUAAUAACUGCCCAAACUUUUAUUUAGGACACUUAGCAGCCUAUGGUACUUUUAAAUAAAACAUCGCCUCUUGUUCUGAUUGUCAGUAACUUGUUUUUCUACUCUAAAAGUCUAAAUUUGCUAGGAUUUUUAUGCUGGGGCUCACAUAACCUUUGAUUCUAUUUGGCACAACGUAAUCGUGCUUAGGGAGUAUUAACAGAAACUGUAGAGUUAGGGUUAAAUUUGCAAAAGAUGGCAUGUUAGUGAGCCUAUGCUAUGAAGUAAUUAUUAAGUCAACUUAAUGAUUCUUCUGUAAGAGAUAUUUUUAAUUUCACUAGUACAUUCAUAGUUUUAUGCUUUGUAGCAACAUCUUGCAAAUGUUUAAAAUGCUAAAUCUUCCAGUUUUCCUAGGAUUCUUUGCAUCUACUCAAAGAACUAUGGUGUAGUUACUGAAAAGCUGGGUGGUAAAUCUGUCUGGUUAAAAAUGGCACUUUAUAAAAGGAAAAAAGAAAUGGAACUAUUUCUGUAUUUAAAUGCUGCUAGCUAUUCAAUUCAUUUGUUUCUAAGUGAAAAAUACCAGUCAUUAAAAGUAAAGACUUUUUAAAAGAGUGGUUCUUAAUUACAUUUUAUUCUUCAUUUGUGUUACAGUAAAUGGCUUUUUAAUUAAAAUUUAACUCACAGAUAUAUUAAGCCCUCUUAUAACAAGCUAGGAUAUGUUUGUGGAGGGUUAAUUUAACAAUAUCCUUUUCUCAAAUCAUUUUGGUCUCCUGAGUGCUGACAUGAAAGUUGCUAGUAAAGCCUGCAAACAAGAGGAGUAAGUCGAAGACUGCAUGAACUCACACAGGGAGGAGACAUAGCUGCAGCAUUUAGAGUUCUUAGAUCUUUAAUUUUCCAAGUCAUAGAAAUUUGUAACAAGUUUGCCAUAUCACUGACUAGAUGGCAGUUGAAUUUGCUUAAAAAGGGUAAAAAAAUUCACAAAAUACAUAAACUGUUGUCCAUUUGUCUCCCUUUACUUUUUAGGAUUUAGGAAAUGGGCCAUGUACAUUUGAAAAAGAAAAACCAACCUAGUUUUGUGUAAAUUAAAAGAAACUCCUUGAGGGUGAAGAGCAGUCAUUGGUUCUGAAUCUACACGUUAUUUGUAUCUAGUUCAGAAUAAGUGUCAACUUCUCACUGAGAAAUCUUUAAUUUCAUAGACAUGUAAAACAAAGGCAACUGUAGACCAUUCAGAACCAUCUAAAAGUUCUGUUGGUCAGUAUUAAUCUCCUAAACUGUAUGUUAGUAAUUGCACAAAAUCUGUAAUUUACUGGAUCUUGGGAGAUUGAGUUACUUUUUCACUAAAGGUUCUAACUUUUCUAGUAAAAUAAUCAUUUAAAUUUUCCGAAGUCAUUCCUCGAGGAGAGCUGUAUCAUUCCUUGUUACGAUGUGCUUCUGUGUAGUAGUAGCAUUUUCAGCUACUUACCUUUAGAUUCCUUGUACGUUUCAAUUCCUAAUCACAAUUAUUAAAAAAUAAUUUGUGUAAUCUGA